AUGAAAAAAGGGACAAUGGAGGAGAGGAUUUAUGACCGCCAAGUGACAAAGCUGAGUCUAUCGUGUCGUGUUGUGGAUGAGCAGCAGAUCGAGCGGCACUUCAAUGCUGCUGACCUCAAUGAGUUGUAUCGCUUUGAACCGGAUGGGGACAACCAAGAGAUUCCACCUGUUCCAAAGGACCGUCUUCUUGCUGAACUCUGGAAGCGGCAAAAGCAAUGGAUCUUCUCUUACCAUAUGCAUGACUCCCUCCUAAAGAACAAGGAAGAGGAGGAGUUGACUGAGGAGGAGAGGAAGGCUGCAUGGGAGGAAUUUGAGAAUGAGAAGACUGCUUCCAUCCAGACUGGCUUCUCUGCUUUUUUUCCCACUGUGGAGCAGAUGAAUAACUUGCUGAAUCAUGCCAAGACUCAACUCACUGUCCAGAAUCCUGAACUGGGAGAAGAAGAAGUGAUGCAACUAGCUAGUCAGAGGGUUCAAGAGACAUUGAAGAGAAUUAGGAAAGGAGGGGAAUAUUAUCAGAGACCUCAAGGGGGCCUCCCAACAAGACGAAUGAUCCGCCAUAUCUCCCACUCUCAAGCUUGA